AGUGUGUGUGACGUUGGCAAAUUUCAAUGAGCAGAUACUGUAGUAUCCUGACGUGAUGCUUGCCAUUUACAAUGUGGACAAACUGCAAUCACAACAUUUUUUCAGCACAAAGAAGAACACGCCUACACCGCAGUGCCUUCACAGGAGUAACAAUAAGCAGUUUGGAGUUAUUUUGAAGCACCACUAUGAGUCACUUUCGACAUCUGCAUUAACUGACUGGGAGCUGGAAACUCACACCGGCAACACAACAACAAAACCAUUCCAAAUGAUGGCAGGUCAUGGAAAUCCUUGUAGCGAACAGGAAGCCACCUUCUGCAUGCAUGGAGGGACGUGUUACAAAAUCCCCUCCAUGAACACACUCUCAUGUGUGUGCCAUGAAAACUACAAAGGCAGUCGAUGUGAGCAGUUCCAGCUUUUCAGCAGCUCCACUGAAGCAGGGCAAGCAGGGUUAAUUGCAGCUGUGGCCAUCAUUGCUCUCCUCAUCUUGGUGGUGCUGGCAGUUGUUAUCUACUACCUACGCAAGGUGCUGAAAGCCAAGCAGAACCAGAGGGACACUCAACAUCAUUACUGGAAAGUACCACCGAGAGUAUGACCAGUCGACUGUUGUAUGCUUAUAGUCAGUUUGUUUUUUUUGGAUAUGUGAUGGAGAGCUGAAGAAAAUGUCCUCAGAAGUGACUGUUCUGUUUUGGACAUGGCUGUGAAAAGUGAGAGAAAAAGUAACCCAUCUGGUAGACUGGACAAACGGCAAGACGCCAAGUCAAGUGAUUAUUAUUAUGAUGUUUAAUAUACAGUAUUGUGCAAAAGUACGUUUUUACAAACAAUAAUGUGCUAAACAUCUACUUACGAAUAUAUGCAUAUAAAAUAUUGCGUGACAAAUUCUACCCUCAAAAUAAGUAACUGAAUUUAGAGAAAACUGCAUCACCUGUUUUCAUUUCUCAUGGAAUUUGUUAGAAAAUCACAUUGAAUUUAGCAUGAUUUUUACAGCCAUUUUAUUUUUUGUGGGCUCACCAACAACUAGAAUGACAAUAAGCAAUCGAUUAUUAAAUUAAUUGACAACUAUUUGGAAAACCAAUUCAUUUUUUUUUAUCAAUUUUUUAUAGAAAAUAUCCAAAUUCUCCAUUUUUACUUUCUUAAAUAUGAAUAUUUGUUUGUUUUAUUACGAGGGCAGAUUGAGCAGUGCCUCACACAUUCUCAAAAAAUGUUGGUUUUUCAGAAUGCAAAACAUGGAGAACCACGCCCGACUUUUUCUGGUUCAGACUCAAAACCUCUCAAUCGGGCCUUGUGUUUUCUUUCCUCCUGUCUGGCAGUAAUCUGAAUACCUUUGGGUUGGUGACAAAAAGCGACAUUUGAAGGCAUCAUCUUUGGCUCUGGAAAACACUGACUGACAUUUUUAUUUAAAUCAUUUUCUGGACCGAACAAAUAAUCUAUUCAUCAAUUAGUUUCUUGAUUGAUCACUUAUGAAAAUAAUCAUUAGUUGCAGCCCUACCAUUAAUUCUGUUUUGUCACAUACUAAAGUUUUGUUUAAAUUUCAAUGAAACGCUUUUAACUUGAUAAUUACCUUCAUUCUUUAAUGAACUAUGAGGAAAAAACCUUAUAUAUUUGAUUUUGUAGCGAGACAAAUGUUUGGCCAUUUCAGAUGUGACUUCCCUGACACACAAACAGACCACAACACACUACAUAUAUAUUGUGGGAUGCCUAACACUUUGCACAGCACUGUACAGGUCACAACAUAUGGUGUGAAAUAAGUAAAACACCUUGUAUUACUGCUUUAUUUUAAUGCAGGAAUGAAGCUGCCCUGGUUUUAUAUCACAUUUCAAUCGAUGUGCUUUGUUGUAGUUUGCAAAAUAUGAAAAUCUGUUUGUAAUCUGUAAACAAAUGUGAGGUCUAUUCUGUAUGUAAUGAGUAAAUAUUUAGUAAUUUUGUAAAUAUUAGUGACCUUUGCUGAAUCAUAUGACUGUGAUUUUUUUUUUUGCUGGAAGACACUUGCGAGGCUCUUGUUUCAGGAGAGUCAUUGCUUAACUUAAAUCAUCAGCACUACGUGUCUAACCACAAUCCUAAACCCGUUUUUAACCUAAUCCCAAAUCUAACUUUAGCUCAAAACCAGAACUGCACAACUAAAUGGUGAAGCGUGUCCAGAAUGAUGUCAUAGAAUGUCUUUGCUCUAGUGCUCUAAAACACAAACUGGUUCUCACAAAACCCGAGUAACGCACAUGAAACCUUGUGAAACACUGUGUGUGUAUAAAUGUCUCACGCUGUCAUUCAUCAGGUCUGUUGAAUCUAAAAAGAGAGGCACCAGUGAUCCCAUGGGUUUUGUAAUGAGAAUAGUGGCAUCAAAUGUGCUUCAACUCGGUUAGAUUAGGAAGACAGGUUUAACUCUUUGGAUGACAUUUCAAACUAGGUAUUUGUGAUCAAGCUCACAAAAACACAAUUCCCCGUGCCACCCCCUUUCCCCUCUCAACUGCACUAGUUACUUGUAUGACAUACUGCUGGUAAUAAAUCUUUUGAGAGAAAAUACCUGAUUUAAUAAACUGGUCAAUCUCUGUAAAUGUAUAUGAGAAAUAUAUGUAUUAAAAAAAGUUCAGUUAUCUUCCCUUGAA